GUUUAAAGAACUCGUCCUGCUUUGAGCCUCUGCGGACACCGUAGUUGAACAGGAAGUAGUGUUUGAGGCGUUUAGCGGGAACAGGUCGGUUGUUUAGUCUGAACAACGACACGUUUCAUAUUGAAUAAGUAAUAAAGAGUAAGAGCAGCCGUCCGGACUGUGGACAUGGAGCUCCUGCAGCGGGUCCUGGAUCAGUUCACACCCAGCGGGGAAGCCGAGGCGCUCUGGUUAAAGGACAUUUUCACCUUCAUCACUGAACACAUACAACCUGUGCUCUCUGGCCCCGCCCCCCCGGCUGCUGACGACGUCAUCACAGGUGUGUGUUCGGACCAGCUGAGUGUGUGUGUGGUGAAGAAGAUAAAGGAGAACAUGUCCGUCACACACACCUUACCUGUCAGCUACAGGCCCGUGUCUGUGUCCGAGCUGCUCUCCCGCCAGCACCUGGCCUGCGUCAGUAACCUGUCCUGGAGCACCAAUCAGCAGCGAGCGUGGGCGAAGGAGGCGGAGCUUUCUCUGCCGGGUCACCGGGCUCUGCCGCGGGUCAACCUGCUGCUGAUUGGCUGUCUGAGAGAGGGGCGGGGCGGAGAGUGGAGGCUGACGGACGCCAGCGGCAGCGUCAGGUGUGAGUGCCUGUCUCCUUCUCCUCUGUGGCUGAAUCAUCCCGUCUUCCUGCCUCACUGGAACUACAUCCCCCACAAUGCCCCGGGGCAAGACCAGGACCAGGCUGGAGGCUACUUGGAGCUGAUUGGUUCUCCUGUUGUGCUGUGUCCCGGUCCUGAGCUGGGAUUGGCUGCUGGUCCUGGAGGAGGGGCGGGGCUUAGCAGAGCAGUUGGAGUCAGAGAGGCUGCUGGUUUACUACAGAACAGGACUCGUGGCCAGCGUGUGUCUGUCUGUGGUCAGGUGGGUUCAGUCUGCCCUCUGCUGGUUGUGGCAGGAACAACCUUCUUCUGUUUGUCACUGACAGACGGCUCACUCAGUCUACCUGUCCUCGUCAAGUCGUUGUGCGUCGUGGGGACUCAGUGUGUGUGUGUUGGUCAGAGUGUGUGCGUGACGGCGCUGCGUGUGUGUGUCCUACGAGGCUGGAGAGGAAACAACAUCCUGUGUGCGACCGACCAGUCUGAAAUACACACAAACUACACACACACUCCCCCAGACUACACACACACACCAUCGGACACGCCCCCACCACUGAUGAUGUCACACAGCGAUGACGACGACUGUGAUGAGGCGGAGCCUGACCGAGACUCCGUCCAAUCAGCUGUCAGCAUGAAACGGUCCAGAGUCAUCAGUUACCAGGGCACUGUGACGGAGGUGGUGAGUGAGGGGGCGGGGCUCUAUGUGAUUGACGGGAAGGUGGGACUGUGCCUGGCCUAUCAGCCGACUCUGAGGAGGAAACUGAGAGCAGGAGACUGUGUGGAGCUCCACCACGUCCACUUCCUGUACCGGCCCUGUCCUGACUUUCCUCCCAGCAUGCUCUGCACCUGUCUGCGCUCCAGCCUCAGGGUCACCGCCUUCAGCAGGGUGGGGGGGUCACCACCUGACUCCAGCUGCCCCAGUGAUGGAGUGUUACCACGGUUACUGUUGGAGAAAAACACAGGCGUGUCCGGGUACCUGUGGACCUGUUACCUGAGCUCACAGCUCACACACAGUGUGAUGAAGCAGCAGUGUGUGUGUGUGUUGUCCUGGAAGCUGAUGGAGUGUGUGAGGAAAGGAGGAGGAGGAGGAGGAAGGAGAGAUAUCUACUCAGAGAUGUUGGAUGAGCCCCACACCUGUCCUCUGACACAGUACCAUGCUGACCCUGCCGUCCAUCAGUACAUCAGUGUAUCAGAGCUCAGUCAGUCUCUACAAUCAGACUGCUGGUCUUCACUGUCUCUGAGCUCUCUGCUGCCUUCUGGUGGAUCCAGUCUGACCAGAUCUCAGAUCAACACAGCACUAGCCUGGUCCUGCAGGACUCUGACCUCUGACCCCCAGAACAACCCCCAGAGUGGAGACAGACUCAGGCAGCGCCCCCUGCUGUUGGUCGGGGUGUUGGAGCUCCCAUCACAGACGUCUGAACCCGCUCUGCAGCUCAGAGACAGGACGGGAGCCGUGGCCUGUGUCGUCACGGAAACCAGAGAGGAAGAGGGGGGAGGUCAGAGGGCGGCCUUCAACACCGCCUGGAUCGGUUGUCUGGUGUGUGUCCGACAGUUCACCAUGGUAACAGAGAGAUUCAUCCAAUCAGAUUUCCCCUCCUACCAACACCUGGACCAGGACAAAUACAUCACACACAAACACUGCAGAGUCUACCUGCAGUUUUCUCUGGACCAUCUCCACAUCCUGAGUCCAUCUGUUGCCAUGGUUACACACCUGCAACUGAAGGGGGAGGAGUCAGGAGGUGAUGUCACAGGUAGGAAACAGACAGCAGAAGAAGAGACGGAGGGAGGACAGACUGCAGGAAGGAAGAGAAGAAGAGAAGAACCAGACUCCUCUCACUCUGCCUCCUCCUCUGUCACCAUGACGACUGACCCUGGCAGCGACUCCCAGCCCUCUGUCUCCAUGGUGAUCAGGGUGGAGCGGAAGGAGGGCGUGGCCUGGAGGAACACAGGGGCGGAGUUAAAGGAAGGGGAGGCGGGUCUGACGCUGUGCUUCUCUGUCAGAGCUGCUGUGAUUGGUCCAGUGGUCAGCUGGGGGCGGGACCCGAAAAACAGACCAAUGACAGAGAGAGAGACAGAGAAGGAAGGCAAGGUGGUGCUGGUGUUCUCAGGUGUGUCAGCUCGCUGGUUUCCUCUCCUCCAGCCUGGAUCUUUCUACAGGCUCAUCGCUGCUAACACUCAGGAUCCCAGUGUUUUGAUUGGCUGUGGUGUUUCUGGGCGGAGCGGGGUGGAGCUCCACACUGACUCCACCCUUCAGGUCCAACCUGAUUGGAGGUUCCACACUCUGACACGCCCACUGCUGCUGCACACCUACAGACAGGCUCUCUCGCCCUCAGUCCUGUCUGUCUCUGAGCUUUUGGACUGCAGGUCAGAGUUGGUGUGUUUUCAGGCUCUGGUUUCUGACAGGAUCAGUCUGAACGACAGGACGAGGGACUCUGGAGACACACACACAGGUGUGCGUCUCACAGUGUGUGACCAAACUGGGAGGAGUCUCCAGGUGUACCUGGACUUGAGCCACACCCCCUACCCACCUGGCCUGUUGCCUGGCAACACACUGCUGCUGUCUGCUUUCCAGAUAAGGUUGUCGAGGACAGGAAGUGUGUACUGCAGUUAUUUACCUGUCAGCUCAAUAACCGUCGUUUCACUGGGAGAUACAAGCACUGUCCGGCCUCCUCCUCCCAUGAUGCAUCUGGGUGUGUGGGCAACGAGCACGGAACAGAGGUGCAUUCUGGGUCAGGUCAAAGGUCAUGUGGUGUGUUUCCUGUUCCUGCAGCUACAGUGGAGCUGCUCGCUGUGUGGGAGUCUCUACGUACAGUGCUGUUCCAGUUCUCAGUGUCGCUCGACCUCGUCAGUCUUUCAGUCCAAAGCAAAAUUGGUGAUUGAUGACGGGACAGGUGAGGCUCACGUCUGGUUCUCAGGCGCUCUGGUUCGUCCUCUGCUGGGAUUGGCUGAUUCUCAGUGGGAGGGGCUUCAGAGAGCGCUCAGGGUCAGAGGUCACAUCAAGGUCUACCCCCGGGGGCGGAGCCUGGUGUGUGACUCUGACGACUCUCUCCUCCACUUCCUGUUGUGUGUGUGCAGCAGUGACGUUGUUUGUCGUCAGCUCUCUCUCACCUGCAGGAAACACAACAACCAGAGAUCAGAAGAGAAGAAGAGGUUCAGUCGAGGAGAGCGAGACUUCAUGACGAGGAUGACUCGUCCUCUCCAGCUCACCUGUCUGCACGUCGACACCCACUGAUCUCACCUGUCUGCACGUCGACACCCACUGAUCUCACCUGUACACAGACAGGAAGUCAGCAACAGGAAGAGGCGGAGCCAGCUCGCCUGCACUUUAGUUUUAAUGUUUAAUGUUGAUAUAAAUUAUUAAAUCUUCUUUUAUUUUACCUGAAGUUUGUUAAUUUCACACCACACACUGUUGUCAUGGCAACAUCACAGUCCCUCAUCCACCUGACUGUCACACCUGAGUCAGGUAAAAUUAUAAUAAUCCAAAAUAAAUAAAUAAUGAACGCAGCAGGUAUUGAUUGAUUGAAGAGUAAAACACAUUUAUUAUUAUUAUUAUUAUUAUUAUUAUUAUUAUUAUUACUUACUGUCUGUUAGUUCAGAGUCCUUCUGUUUGUUUCUUUACAAAUAAAGUUGAAUUGAAACUCGA